AUGGCCGAGAAGGGCGACUGCAUCGCCAGUGUCUAUGGGUAUGACCUUGGUGGGCGCUUCGUUGACUUCCAACCCCUGGGUUUUGGUGUCAAUGGGCUGGUGCUGUCAGCUGUGGACAGCAGGGCCUGCCGGAAGGUGGCUGUGAAGAAGAUCACCCUGAGUGACUCCCGCAGCAUGAAGCAUGCGCUCCGGGAGAUCAAGAUCAUCCGGCGCCUGGACCAUGACAACAUCGUGAAGGUGUACGAGGUGCUGGGGCCCAAGGGCACUGACCUGCAGGGCGAGCUGUUCAAGUUCAGCGUGGCCUACAUUGUCCAGGAGUACAUGGAGACCGACCUGGCACGCCUGUUGGAGCAGGGCACGCUGACAGAGGAACACGCGAAGCUGUUCAUGUACCAGCUGCUCCGAGGGCUCAAGUACAUCCACUCUGCCAACGUGCUGCACAGGGACCUGAAGCCCGCCAACAUCUUCAUUAGCACGGAGGACCUCGUGCUCAAGAUCGGGGAUUUCGGGUUGGCGAGGAUCGUUGACCAGCAUUAUUCACACAAGGGUUAUCUGUCGGAAGGGUUGGUAACUAAGUGGUACCGCUCACCACGCCUGCUCCUCUCCCCAAACAACUACACCAAAGCCAUCGACAUGUGGGCCGCCGGCUGCAUCCUGGCCGAGAUGCUCACGGGGAGAAUGCUCUUUGCCGGGGCCCACGAGCUGGAGCAGAUGCAGCUCAUCCUGGAGACCAUCCCCGUGAUCCGGGAGGAGGACAAAGACGAGCUGCUCAAGGUGAUGCCUUCCUUCGUCAGCAGCACCUGGGAAGUGAAGCGGCCGCUGCGCAAGCUGCUGCCCGAAGUGAACAGCGAAGCCAUUGACUUUCUAGAGAAGAUCCUGACCUUUAACCCCAUGGAUCGCCUAACAGCAGAGAUGGGGCUGCAGCAUCCCUACAUGAGCCCAUACUCGUGCCCCGAGGACGAGCCCACCUCACAGCACCCCUUCCGCAUCGAAGAUGAGAUCGACGACAUCCUGCUGAUGGCCGCCAACCAGAGCCAGCUCUCCAACUGGGACAGGUGCAGUUCCAGAGGCCUCCAGUACCCUGUGAGCCUGUCAUCGGACCUGGAGUGGAGGCCGGACAGGUGUCAGGACGCCAGCGAGGUACAGCGCGACCCGCGCGCGGGCUCCGCGCCGCUGGCUGAGGACGUGCAGGUGGAUCCGCGCAAGGACUCGCAGAGCAGCUCCGAGCGCUUUCUGGAGCGCUCGCACUCGUCCAUGGAGCGCGCCUUCGAGGCCGACUGCGGCCGCUCCUGCGACUACAAAGUGGGCUCGCCGUCCUACCUGGAUAAGCUGCUGUGGCGCGACAACAAGCCGCACCACUACUCAGAGCCCAAGCUCAUUCUGGACCUGUCGCACUGGAAGCAGGCGGCCGGGGCGCCCCCCAGUGCCGCGGUGGCCGCAGACGCCGGGCCACGCGAAGACGAGCCGGCCAGCCUCUUCCUGGAGAUCGCGCAGUGGGUCAAGAGCACGCAGGUGGGCCCCGAGCGCGCCAGCCCACCCCCCGACAGCCCCGAGCGCCGCCUGUCUGCCUCUCCACCGGGCCACCCCGCACCCAUCGACGGGGGCGGGAGCCCCCAGUUCGACCUGGACGUGUUCAUCUCCCGCGCCCUGAAGCUCUGCACCAACCCGGAGGACCUGCCAGACAAUAAACUGGGUGACCUCAAUGGUGGGUGCAUCUCUGAGCACCCUGGCGAUCUUGUGCAGACAGAGGCCUUCUCCAAAGAAAGGUGGUGA